AUCUCCUUAACUUCGAUCUCAAACCACGUUUUGUCCUCUUACACGGCCGAUCUGUUUGCUGCUUUGACAGUUCUUCUUUAAAAUUGGCAUCGGAAUCAGUUAGCCACCAUCCAUGGCGCCUCCGGCUCAGUCUCAACGGUCACCGUCGCCGUCUCAACCUUCCGGUAAAAGUGAAGUCUCCGAUUUGAAACUCCAGCUCCGGCAACUUGCGGGAAGCCGAGCACCGGGGGUGGACGACUCGAAGCGAGAGCUUUUCAAAAAAGUGAUCUCCUAUAUGACAAUUGGAAUCGACGUGUCCUCUCUUUUCGGCGAGAUGGUGAUGUGCUCAGCCACAUCCGACAUUGUUUUGAAGAAAAUGUGUUAUCUCUACGUCGGUAAUUAUGCCAAAGUCAACCCCGAUCUCGCUCUCUUGACCAUCAAUUUCCUCCAAAGGGAUUGCAACGACCAAGAUCCAAUGAUCCGAGGACUAGCCUUGCGGAGUUUGUGUUCAUUACGAGUCGCAAAUCUGGUGGAGUAUUUGGUGGGGCCAUUAGGUUCAGGAUUGAAAGAUAGUAAUUGUUAUGUGAGAAUGGUGGCGGUCAUUGGAGUUUUGAAGCUUUAUCAUAUCUCAGCUUCGACUUGUAUUGAUGCAGAUUUUCCUUCGAUGUUGAAGCAUUUGAUGCUCAAUGACUCAGAUACUCAAGUCGUUGCAAACUGUUUGUCUUCAUUACAAGAGAUUUGGAGUGCGGAAGCUAGCAGGUCUGAAGAGGCACCGAGGGAAAGGGAAGCUUUGAUUAGCAAGCCAGUUAUAUAUUACCUAUUGAAUCGGAUCAAGGAGUUCAGUGAAUGGGCACAGUGCCUUGUGCUUGAGUUGGUAACUAAAUAUGUGCCAUCAGACAGCAGUGAGAUUUUUGACAUUAUGAAUCUCCUUGAAGAUAGACUUCAGCAUGCAAAUGGGGCUGUUGUCUUAGCCACUGUCAAAGUGUUUUUACAGUUAACCUUGUCCAUGACUGAUGUUCACCAACAGGUGUAUGAGCGUAUAAAAGCACCACUGUUGACCCUUGUUAGUUCAGGAAGCCCAGAACAGUCAUAUGCAGUUUUAAGUCAUCUGCAUCUCUUGGUUAUGCGAGCACCUUAUGUAUUUUCCUCAGACUACAAACACUUCUAUUGUCAGUAUAAUGAACCAUCUUAUUUCAAAAGAUUGAAGCUUGAAAUGCUGACUGCAGUAGCAAAUGAGAGUAAUACCUAUGAGAUUGUUACUGAAUUAUGUGAGUAUGCUGCAAAUGUUGAUAUUCCAAUUGCCCGAGAGUCAAUAAGAGCUGUGGGUAAAAUAGCGCUGCAGCAGUAUGAUGUUAAUGCAAUUGUUGAUAGGCUUCUUCAAUUUCUUGAAAUGGAUAAAGACUACGUGACUGCUGAAGCUCUGGUGCUUGUGAAAGAUCUUCUUAGAAAAUAUCCUCAGUGGAGCCAAGAUUGCAUUGCAGUGGUUGGGAAUAUAAGCAGCAAAAAUGUACAGGAAACAAAAGCCAAAGCAGCUCUUAUAUGGAUGUUGGGGGAAUAUUCUCAGGAUAUGCAAGAUGCUCCAUAUAUUUUGGAGAGUUUAGUUGAAAACUGGGAUGAGGAGCAUUCUGCUGUGGUUCGUUCACAUCUUCUCACUGCUGUGAUGAAGUGCUUUUUUAAAAGGCCUCCUGAGAUCCAAAGUGCAUUGGGAGCUGCAUUGGCUGCAGGUGUUGCUGAUUUCCACCAGGAUGUUCAUGACAGAGCACUCUUCUACUAACGGAUUUUAUGGUAUAAUGUAUCUGUGGCUGAACGUGUGGUGAACCCUCCAAAGCAAGCUGUUUCUGUUUUUGCUGAUACUCAAAGCAGUGAAAUUAAAGAUCGGAUAUUUGAUGAAUUUAACAGUUUAUCUGUUUUAUACCAGAAGCCAUCUUACAUGUUUACAGAUAAGGAACUCAGGGGUCCACUGGAGUUUGCAGAUGAACUUGGAAAUUUAUCUAUUGGUGAAGCAGCAGAUAAUGUUGUUCCUAGUCAGAGAGUGGAAGAAAAUGACAAGGAUCUGCUUUUAACGACUGCAGAGAAAGAAGAAACUAGAGGUUCAAGUAAUAAUGGUUCUGCGUAUAAUGUUCCUUAUGACAGCUCUACAUCUGUCUUUGCAUCACAAACUCAGAUAGAAUCGGCAAUUUCAAAUCCCACCACAGCAGGCCAUUCUGAACAGGCAAGCUUCGGAAUUGAUGAUCUUCUUGGUCUUGGCAUGCCAGCAGUACCUGAUGUGCCACCUCGUCCUCCUCAAUUGAAGCUUAACACAAAUUCUACUCUAGAUCCAAGCACAUUUCAGCAGAAGUGGCGCCAAUUGCCUGUUGCUUUGUCACAGGAACUCUCGUUAAGCCCUCAAGCCGUUGCUGCGCUGACAGCUCCUCAAGCUUUACUUCGACACAUGCAAAGCCAUUCCAUCCACUGCAUAGCAUCAGGUGGCCAAUCCCCCAACUUCAAGUUUUUUUUCUUUGCGCAGAAGUACGAGGAAUCAUCUAAUUAUCUUGUCGAAUGUAUAAUCAACACAUCGUCGGCUAAAGCACAGGUGAAGAUCAAAACCGACGAUCAGAGUACAUCCCAGGCAUUCUCAACCCUUUUCGAAUCAGCCUUGUCUAAGUUUGGUACUCCAUGAACCCUAAAACUGUUCUCCAUUUAAUGUCUAUGGGUAAGGAUGUUCUCAAUGUUUUUUUUUUAUUUGAAAUUUAUUUUUGAACUUAAACCGAAAACUGAUUUUGUAGAGGAACUGUUGAACUCCGUUUUUGGUAGGUGUAGAUGUCUGAAUGUGAUCGAAAUGUACAUUUUCCCUUAAUUUCCACCCGGAUUCAGUUUUUUGAAACCU